AAAAUUCAAACUUGAUCUGUAUAAUAGCAUUGCGGGGUUAAAUUUCGAUGGCAUUUAGCGAAUUAACGUCGAGCUCGUCAGGUGGUUGUGAGUUGUGUGUGCCUGUUUUUUGUUGUUGUUGUCAUUUCCGUGCCGUCAUCACCGAUCCUUUAGUGAAAGGUGCCCCCUUUGAAGCCUGCGGGUGUGCGCCAUUUCUGUGCCAUUUCGAUUGUGUUUUUGCGACGACGGACAAAGGGAAGACCCGAGAAGAAUCUCGGGAUUCAUAAAAGUUGCACCAAAAAAAAAAAAACAAGAAGCAGGAAUAUAAAGUGGAUACGUGCGUGACUGGAAUACCAAAAGUGGAAUAAGAAUUGGCGAAGGUUUCGAAACGAUUACCUGUUGUUUUUGCUAUCUGUGCUGGAUCGAAGAUAGGAGUGUUUUUUUUUGUUGUUGGUCCCGUGCCAUAAGAGAGUGUGCUAACAAUUGGGAAAAGUCGGAAAAAGUGCGACAUCGAAUAGGCGACAAUUUUCCUGCAAGGUGAUUGUGAAUCUAGAAUACGACGAUAAACCCUAAACUCAAAACAGUUUGAUAAAAAAAAAAAAAGAAAAACAGGAACCCCAUCCGUUUGGAUUACCGAUCUGCCAGUGCAAAGGAUCUUUCGUGUUUCGACUCGAAACGACUCACACGCUGUUAAGGAUGAAAAUUUGCAAUUCCGAAAUGUUGAGACCGGUAGCAUUGCUAAUCUGCGCACUGGUGCUCACGCGGGCGACCCAAGCCGUCGUCAACGGUGAUGCCCAACGUCGCGAGGCACCGAUUGCCGAUUCAUAUGGUGUACCGCCUUCCUCACCAGGUGCUUCUGGUCCGGAACUACCAGCUCCAGUAUACGGAGCACCGGCAACGGGACACUAUCCACCGCCUCCGCCAGACGUUCCACCUCCUGGACCGAUCGUGCCCCACAAAGAGUAUGGCGUUCCAGUGCAAAACUUUGGUCCUCCUCAAAUAAACAUCGAAUAUGGACCACCUCAACCUCCGAAGCCAGUGUUUCAUCAUCCACCCAAACCGGUUUACGGGCCACCGCAGCAACCGUUCGGCCCGUCUCCUCCGCAUCACUCCUACUCUCCACCACCAAGAAAGCAAUCAUCCUUCUUGGAUUCUUUAUUCUCAACUUUCGGAUUCGGCGGAGGAAAUGAAGAGCAUCAUCAUCAUCAUCAUCAGCCACCCCAGCAUCAUUACGGACCGCCACCAAAGCCAGUUUAUGGUCCACCAGCAGCGGCUUUCCCGAAACCAUCCUACGGAGCUCCAGCAUUCCCGCAACCUGCUCCAAAACCGGUGUAUGGUCCGCCACCGAAACCGAUCUACGGCCCACCGAAACCAGUAUACGGACCACCCAAACCCAUCUUCAGUGCUCAGCAAUCCUUCGGACAUCAUUCGGCAGUUCAUGUGCCUCCAACACCACCGGAAAUCAAAUGUGACGGAUGGAAACCGAUCGCCGGACCCGUGAUCCAAUCCAACAGCCAUGCCGAAAUUCACGCUCCGGAAUCAUCCUACGGACCACCUCCGAGUGGUGACUUCCUCGGAAACCACCAGCAGAUUUCAAACGGAGAUGUUGGUCUACAACUGCCACGGCUAGAGUCCGGUCCGGCCUUCAGCAGCGAUCUUCACGGUGGAUUGGAAUUGCCCAAGGGAAACAGUUUUGAGAUUCAUUCGAACUUCAUCUCUGACUCUUACGGUGCCCCGCCGGCAGAUUCGUACGCGCCGGGAAGCUACAAGCCAUCGUUUGCCAAGCAUCCACCUCCGAAGAUCCAGUUACCGCCGGCUCCACUGUACGGAGCACCAAGCAGACCGGUGUCCUAUCCUGGUCUUGGCAUUUCCCAUGGUAGCAUCAGCGGAAACCUAAAACCAUGGUCCGGUCCGGUUGCACCUCCACGUCAACCGAUCGCGUAUCGUCCGCCGGUCCCGGUUGGCCUGAUCGAAUCCAUCGGUCAUACGGUGGAACAUUUGGAUCAUUUCGGAACCAAACCGCACUACAACGGCAAUGUGUAUCUUCCGCCGCCAACCAGUGAUGUGGCGACGGCACUUCCCGCCCUGGAACUGAACACUUUACCAUCCGAUCAACCACCGAAACCGUUCCUGACUCAACAUCAACUUCCGGAAGCCCUGGCACAGGUUCAGCAACCUCGUUACCAGGAACAGCAAAUCGUAGCCGUGGCCAAUGAGUGUGGACAUGGUCCGGAACUAGCGUCCCACGGUACCGGUGACGAUCAGGUCGGCUACUUUGGAACUUCCGGAUCCCAGUCCUACAGCAGUGACGUUUCGAACAGUAUCGAUACCAGUUACGGUCCACCGGCUUCCGGAUCGGCGGGAGAGUUCCGCAACAGUCACCAGUUGCAGGGUAGUGAGUCGAUAUCCACCGCCAGUCUACCAGGUCUAAACGGUGCUCUGGGAGGUGUCGAGCUGGUCUCUGCUCAAAAAUCACAAAGCCUAACUAUUCCGGUUCAAGGAAAACAUGGCUCCUACCAGUUGCAGUUCCAAUCGGCCGACCCGAUCGGUUCCGGCCACCAGGGAGGAUCUAUACCUCACGAGCAAAUUUUAUCCGAAGGACUUCUGCAGUCGAUUCUGUCCGCCAUCGAACAGCCCCAUUCAAAUUCCCAGCCGGACGACGAAUCAUCCUACGAUCCCAACAUUGACCACAGCGAAGUGUCGCUGUUCCUGAAGAGUCCCGAGGGACAACAGACGCUAGCGGAUCCUCCCAGUGCGUCGUCGUCGUCGGCCCAUCGGCGAUAAGUUUGGAUUUCGUGCGCUUUAGUAGUUAGUCAACGAAUUGCUUGGUUUGAGUGAAUGCGACCGAAGUUAUCUGUUUUUACCAUAGGGUGCCCGAUUUGGGAUGUGGUUUUUCCGUUCGUUUCCAUAGUAUAUCAAUGACUUAUUUAUUUUCAUCCGCCCUCCUGUGCACGCCAGCGAACAAAUGAAGACAGCAAACCAGUUCAGUUCCAACGAAUCGACAGAUUAAGCUAUCAACUAUCCGGCGUAAUCUUGACAGAAUGAAAACCGCUAAACCGCGGUGCUGGUGGUGCGUCAUUCAAUCCGUUGAAGCCGUCCAAGUUACCAAUGUUACCCGGAAUGGGUGAGAAGAAAAAACCGUUGCGUUGAUCCGUUGUGUGGAAUUAAAGUGUUUUUCAGCUGAAAUAAAGAAAAAAAGCUCUCAUGGGAAUGCACGAGUCUGAUUUUGAAGACGCAAAUGUGACAGCUUACAAAUAAUCAUCAAAAUAGCGAAUGUCAGUGCAUGCAAGUGGGACUAAUGAAACAAGAUGCGAGUGCAAGAUAUUUCGAAGCUUUCCGCUUUCCGCCUCCCGUACCGCCCUCCCUGGGGGCCACGUCUGUAGUGCGACUACGUGAGCAAGUGUCGAAGACGCGGAGGUGGUCUGCACCAAUUAGCAACGAAUGAAUGCAGUCUGAGUGUGGUGAGAGGCUGUGCGUGUGCAUCGUAUAUAGGAUUUUAAGUACUUCAUACUGAAAAGGGUUCAUCGUGAUGUCGAGAUUUUGACGCGACCCGGGUGCGAGUGUGGAGACUGAGGCGAUAUUCGUGUGCCAGUGAGGUCGUGUAUAUUUAUUACAUAUUUGUGUAAGUUAAGAAGUGGAAGAAUUACCAAUAUUAUAGCGAAAUAGAGAAAAAAAUCGAAAUAUACCAAUCGAGAUUGUAUCAUAGCGGGAACAUACCGAUGACGUCAGUCAGGUCUCGGGUUUAUUACAAUUUAUCGGUGACGAUAGAAGGGAACUAGAAUAAAAUGCAUUUUUAAAUAUAA